AUGGAGAUGGGCAGCCUCGCCGCUGAAGGCCAGGCUGGCGACGAUGAUGCUACUGUCGCCAUCAGCCCCGAGAAGGAUAUCAUGCAGCUGGCGCGAAUAGGCGACAUUGUUGCCAUGGAGAAGCUAUUUGAGUCGGGAGAAUUCGAUGCCACAUACAGUGACGACGAGGGCAUCACGCCCCUACAUUGGGCCGCUAUAAACAACCAGUAUGCCAUGUGCAAGUUCCUUAUCGAACACGGCGCCGAAAUCAACCGCAAAGGUGGCGAGUCUGUUGCUACGCCUCUCCAGUGGGCAGCCCAACGAUGCCAUUACUAUACCGUCAAUCUGCUCCUCCAGCACGGCGCCGACCCUCUCAUCACCGAUGCUCAAGGCUACAAUACUCUUCACAUCUCCACCUUUAACGGUAAUACCCUGCUGAUUGUGCUGCUCUUGCACCAGGGCAUCCCCGUCGACGUCCUCGAUACCUUUGGGCACACUUCGCUCAUGUGGGCAGCGUACAAGGGCUUCCCCUCGUGCGUAGACGUCUUCUUGCGCUGGGGCGCCAGCGUCCACGCGGCAGACGAGCAGGGAUUCACAGCUCUCCACUGGGCUUUGGUCAAGGGCAAUCCGGGAUGUAUCCAGAAGCUUAUCGAGUAUGGCGCCGACCGGUUUGCAAAGACUGAGAGCGGCAAGACGCCUUCGGUGACGGCUACCGAGCUGAAUACACAGCCUGCGUGGCAUCGAGCCUUGAGGGAAUGCGGCUACGACCGCGAGGGCAAUCCAGUGAUUCCUCCGUGGCCUGGUGCCAAUUAUUUUCUAAAGGAUAAGAGGGCUUUCACAUCCAAGUUUCUCUUCUUCUGGCCGUGGCUCAUGAUUUGGGGUGUGCUCAUUGUUCUUUCAUAUGCGCCCGUAUUCUUGGGUCUUCCGUUGGCGGCCGGGGUUGUGUAUUGCGCUUAUUGGUGCGCGACGCAGGUUUUGGAAUAUGCUCCAUCUGACAUGCGACACUUUCACAAAACGCCCUGGAUGGCUGGCAUUUUUGCGGGCUCCCUCUUCCUCGUCGGGGUGAACUGGCUCAGCACUGUAGUGUGGAGCACGAUUCGCGGCGAGAGCUCGCACAUGAUUCUGAAUCUUGUAUUUGGCGUUCUUUUCGGUUUGACCACAUUCUUCUACGCAGCGAGCAUGCGAUAUGAUCCUGGAUUCGUGCCAAAGUUGAAUGGCAUCGCAGAGCAGAGGGCUGUCAUUGACGAGCUUCUGGCUAGCUGGAAACACUUUUUCUUGUACCUUGUUAAUCUCACCUUUGGCAUUCUUGCCUAUGACUGGCCAGUGUAUUAUUAUUUUGGUGUCAUUUCUACAGACGCUUCCGCGUCUUGCAAUGUCCUUGGCGCCGGCCUCUGCCGGCUCAUCAACUCGGACGCCUACACUUUACUCUUGUCUGUCUGGGUCAGCUUGCAGCUCAUAUGGGUGACCAUGCUGGUGUUCACCCAGCUCGUUCAAGUGUCCCGGGCCAUGACCACGUUUGAAAACAUGACGGGGAUCCACACUCGCGAGGCGACUACGGCGCUUACCUCGACCGGCACGCCUCUGGACCCAUCGCUCGCAGCAGCCGCGACAUCCACCACGUCGCCCAGCGGCCACGGAAGUAGACACAAGGGGGGCAUGCUCAAGCAAUGGAGCCGCAUUCUCGGUGUCGACCCCUUUAUCGAGACGAUUACCGGCCGUGGCGCUGCCACUGGUCACAGCAGGCGAAAGAAGAAGAACCCCUACAGCCGGGGUUGUGUCUCCAACUGUAAGGACUUUUGGUGCGAUCCGGCUCCAGUCUUUGGCCAGAGAGAGAACGGAACGGCUGUCCUCGGAGGUGGCAAAGUAGACUAUACGGCCAUGUACGAGAGCCCUACACUAAUGAGUCUCACGGGCAUGAGGACGCGUGGAGGAUACGAGUCCGUCCAGACGGAGGAGGUAUAG